AUGAGUCCUACCAACUACCAGCGUGCGCGAUACGAAGUUACGCAAAUCUUCUCCUUAUUGUCAGAAAACGUUAUACAUUGUCAGCAACUACACCUGUCGAAUCCACCAAACUUCGAGGUCUGGGCAAACACUCAGUUUAACCUGGCUUCGGAUAACAGCAUCGGGUUCAACUACGGUUGCUUGCAGGAGGAUUUUAUUGACAGGUCUAAGUUGGGAGAUCAAGUCUCCAACGCAACAACCAAACCCAAAUUUAAAGGCAUGGCUUCUGAGCAGACAGCGACACCCGAAAUAGACAACGUUGUUUACGUUAAGUUGCCUGAAUUCGGUGUACGUGAUCCGAGGCUAUGGUUCGCCCAACUUGAGGCCAUUUUCGAAUCGCGUCGCAUUACUUCGCAGAGCAGCAGAUACAAUUGUGUGGUAGGAUGCUUACCACACUUCGUUGCCCGAGAAGUCUCUGAUUUAACAUACACCCGACCGUCCACCGAUCCGUACGAUGCUCUCAAAACAGUUAUUGUUUCUCGUACCGCUUCCAGCGAUGAGCAGAAUCUGCGAAAGCUUCUCUCUCGGUGA